AUGCGGAAGCCGACCAAUGGAUUAAGUAGACCAACCCGUAAACUCUGGCGUGAUGGAAUACUUGAUCUCGAUCGCGAGUUGUCUGGGUUCUUCUGUGCGAUAACGGGCAUGCUCGAACGCAAGUUACUCGAUGGGGUCGUGCCCUCCUUGUUUGCAAUACCUUCGCGAGGCUAUGCUACACAUGCGAACCCCACGAAGAUCCAAGACUACACCGUCGUUGUAGGGUCGAGACCGUGGAGUAUACGUUUAUGCAGAAAGAGUGAAUGGCCGUGCAGGCCCGUGUCAGUGCCGCUUCUCGAGAAGAUUUUUGCACAGGGUCAAGGGUUCGCAACGUCGAAGGAUGUGGUACGAUCGAAUCCGCGUGUACUAGGAUGCCCCGUGUCAAAGUCACUCGCGCUUGUUCCAGGUUUCUCUUGUCAGGUGGUGUAUCGGUGA